AUGCCGUCAGAUCACACUACCAUCGCCAUAUCGCAACAGCUGAACAAUACUAUUUCAGUGGAUGCACCAGACGAAUGGUGGCACGACGUGGUUGUGGUUGUCAUCUGGACUGUGGCUGCCAUUUACGGUCUACUGUUGAACAUAUUAACAGUAUUCGCCGUGUUCAGGAACCGCACCAUGAGACGCACCGUUUCGUACUGGUUCGUACUCAGUCUAGCUUUCUGCGAUAUUCUGAUGCUAGUGAUAUGUCUGGUGCACGUGAUUCCAGCCUCCGCCUUGCAUGACAACUUUGUUGAAGUGUCCGAGACGAGGAGCAUCGUUUUCAUGUUCCUAUAUGAUGUGGUCUGGUACACGGGGGUGAUUCAACUGGGCGUCGUUGCCAUUAACCGAUUCAUUAGCAUCAUAUUUCCGACCAGCUACAAAAGACUAUUCUGUCCGUCGAACACGUACGUGAUAGUGGCGAUGAGCUACGCGGUCGGCAUAGUGGUUUCUGUGCCGUCCCUGUUCCCGUGUUGCCACAUGGUCUACGACCACCGUAUGUGGAUUACGAUCUACAGCAAAGAUGACUCGAUGUAUUUCCUAGCCGACGUGCUCGUCAACAGUCUCAGCGUGCUGACCAUGGUGCUUUGCUACGGAGCUAUACUGGUCAAGGUUCGACGUAGCCACAAGUCUACCCGUCAGUACGCCGGGGUGGCGUCCAACAGAAGAACUCAACCGAACAAGCGAGAACUGAGACUUUUCCUGCAGUUCUUCGUCGUGUCGUUAGUGUUUCUGGCGACGUUCGUCACCUGGCAGUGGCUGCCGCGAAUCGCUGCCUCGAAAUGGGUUUAUUUCGUAUGCACGUCGAUGUUCUUCGUCAACAACGCCGUCAAUCCCACCGUCUACCUGAUCUACAACGUGAUGAUUCGCCAAGAAAUCACCAAUCUUCUCUGCGGCUGCUGCAAGGCCUGGCCGACGUGGCAACGAAAUGGCACCACCUUGAACGCCAGUGAUGAAAACAUCAACUUGAAAAACCCACACACUGCCGAGCUGAGUUAA